CAUGUCCCAAACGAGUUCCUUGUUUCUGAAGCAGAGGUUUAUCGAUCAUUGUCAUCUCUACAAGUAGCCAAAUCUAUUGGACCGGACGAACUCCCAAAUAAAGUAUUAAAGGAAUUUGCUACGGAGCUUUCUCCAAUUAUUCAGGAUAUUUACAAUGAGUCCAUAAAGGAAGCAUAUAUCCCAGAUUUACUUAAAUCCUCAAUUAUAUCUCCCAUACAGAAAGUAACUCCACCACAAUCAAUUGAGAGCGACUUACGUCCAAUAUCCCUAACAUGCAAUUUGGCUAAAAUUAUGGAGGAAUUUUUCUGUAGGAGAUUUCUAUCACAGCUGACACGAAAAAUUGACCCCCGUCAGUUUGCUCGUAAGGGUCACUCCACUACGGAUGCACUACUAUUUUUGCUUCAACCCGUCUACGAGGCCCUCGAUAGCGGAAAUGCUUGUGCUCGUUUCUUUUUUGCCAACAUUAGCAAAGGGUUCGACCGUAUUGACCACCAUAUUCAGAUGCAGGAGCUGAUGGAAUUGGAUAUUCAUCCUGUCUUAUAUAAUUGGAUUAACGCUUUUCUUUUUAAUAGAAAACAGGCUGUCAGAAUAGGGGGACUUUGUCAGACUGGAAUCCCCAAAUGGUGGUAUACCUCAGGGAACUAAACUUGGUGUUAUUCUUUUCUCGGUUAUGACAAAUAAGCUAAUAUCAGACUGGCAUUUAAGGACAAAGUUUGUCGAUGACACAGCUGCGCUAGAGAUUAUUCCCAGGAAUUCAAUUAGUUAUCUGAACCAUACGGUAGAUGAAUUACAUCAAUUCUCUGUAAAUCAUUACAUGAGUCUCAACCCACUUAAAUGCAAGGAGAUGGUAAUUAAUUUUAUGAAUAAUAACAACUCCAUAAUGAAGCCUUUUGUAAUAGGCAGCAACGUAGUAGAAAGGGUAACUAAUUAUAAAUUACUUGGAGUUCAAAUGAGUGAGGAUCUCAAGUGGAAUAAACAUGUUGAUUAUAUCUACAAAAAGCUUGUAAGAAGUUAUAUUCCCUCCACGUACUUCGUAGAGCUGGCGUUGAGCAAAGGUAUAUACUAAAAGUGUAUCUAACUACUAUCAGACCCGUAUUGGAAUAUGCUGUUCCAACAUGGCAAGCGAUCUCUGACUAUUUAAGUGAAAGAAUAGAAUCAAUACGGACAAGGGUACUUCGAAUCAUCUUCCCUUUCAUAGACAAUUAUAAUGAGGCGAUGAUGAUGGCACAGAUACCAAUACUGGAGAGCAGACGUGAACUGUUAUGUAAAAAAUAUAUGACUAAAAUGAAGAAGGAGGAUCAUCUCCUGCAUUUUAUGCUCCCAAAACAUAAGAUGAGCGAAUGCAGGUAUAGCCUACGAAAUGGGCAAGACAAUACUAUUUUAUUUAAGAACACAACUAAAUGCAGAAGUUUAAGAUCUGAACAAUUUUUUACUUUUAAAUAUUUUUAAUGUUUAUACAUAGUUUUAACAGCUGUAUGUAUUUAUGUAAAUAUAGUUUUAGUAAUACUUUGGACUCGUUAAUUCUGUGUAAAUAUACUGCAAGAGAGUUUCAAUAAACAUCAAAUAAAUCAAAUAAAUUGAGACUGAUGGUAGCUGGUUAGAGGAGGUAGAAUUUGAUGUCAACGAAGUCCUGGGAGAGUUGCUGAAUAUUUGUUAAAGUCUGAGAGCCCACCGCCAAACGAACAGUCUAGUAUUGCACCGCCAACUGCUUAGGAUAAUGAUGAAAAUACCGAAACUGUGAACGAUUCAAUGUAUGGGAAAAGAACUGGUCUGAAAGGUGCUGAAAUCGCAUCAUUCGAUGGAAAACCAGUUAAGUGGCCGUACUUUUGUGGAAUAUUUAGUUCUCUUGUCAAUAAAAAUGACAAACCGAUGCCAGCAGUCAAACUAGCUCAUCUGAAUAGCUGUUUAACGGACAGAGUACGUGCAGUUAUUGCAUGCCUGACCGGGGAGCCUGGGGACUAUGACAGGGCGGUAAAACAACUCACUGAGAGGCAUGGGGACCCCCGAGAAAUUAUAGAUGCCCAUUUGCGCAGAAUAAGUUCUUGGCCCCACAUUAAGGAUAAGGAUCGUGAAGAAUUUCAACGCUUUGGAGAUGCAUUGCAAGCAGCUGUGUUUGCACUAGACAAACCUGACAAUAGGCAUGAAUUAGCUAGUAUACCUCUUUGUACCUUGUUGGUUCAAAAACUCCCACCUAAAUGAAUGGGUAAAACAGGUUGAGGGUGAAGAUUACUCGGAAGACUUGAAGUGUUUAGCCAAGUGGGCUCAAGUUAGAGCUAAAACCAUGUGUAAACGUGAGCGAUACAAUAUUGAGCCGCCAAAUAAGGGCAAAGAGUCAACUAGUUAUUCAGCCACCAUGUCGCAUGCGACGUAGGGUCCAUGCUCUACGCACAUUUGGAUUUGAUCCAGAAGACCAAAGUUUAAAAAAUUGUCCAUUGUGUGAUAGAAAACACAGUGAAGUCUCAUGCCCUUUAUUUUUUGAUAGUUCUGUUGAGAAACGUUGGGAAAUUGUAAAAAAUAAAAGGGUAUGUUUUGGUUGUUUGAAACCUGGCCACCAACGGCCCCUAUGCACAAGUCCUCCAAAUGUGGGGUGGACUCCUGUGACAGAAGCCAUCAUUAUUUAUUGCAUAGUUCUAAGCCCAAGCAUGAGAAACCACCUGAUGACCCACCUAAGACUCCUGAGGAAAACAAAGCAAUGCAUUGUGGGAAAGCACAAAUCAGCACACCCAUAAGUGAGAGGGUUGCCCUGAAAACUGUAUCUGUCCCAUUUAUAGAUGAUUCUGGAGGGUAG